ACUCUUUACCUGUCUGAGUAAACAAACGCGCGGACCUUUAGACUGUUCACAUCUCAACGCGCAUUCAAAACAGAGCAUUUAUUAUGAUCGGAAAAGAGAUAUCAACUUUGCUGUUGCUUCCGGGAAUUUUUGCGACCAUUUGUAAAGAUGAACCAAACGGGAUUUGGCUAGCCGACGCGGCGUACAGCUGUAAAUAUCUGUACCAAUUUUAUCCCGAGGACGAAUACCUUGGUAUAUACGCCGCCCGGGUUAGAUUAUGUAGGCAACCACUCACGAGGUGUUGUGAAGCGUGCACAAAACUUGGCGCAGAUAAUACGACUGCACAGGUAUCUGAGAUUGCACAACCACUUACAGCAGCAACCCCAUGUACGGACCACCCCGAAGGUGUAUGGACCGGAGUCGGGUCACGUGACUGCAAGUACCUGACGCGCUACUACCCAGAGGACCGGAUAUGGGGAGUCUACGCUGCGAAGGAGACCCUGUGCGCCGACCGCCAAACGCGGUGUUGCGCCUCCUGCAAAAGAAUUAGCGAAGGAGAGAACUUCCCUACCAUUCCCACUGCAGCUACACCGAAAGCCACUGAACAUGCGCCUCAGACUUACACAAGGGAGGAGCCAUCUUUUCAAGAUACAUGCACAGACCAAUGUCUCAGCGGCGUAGGCGGCACUGUUCCCGGAAGUACGUGUGCCUGGUUACUAGACCGGAAGCGACUCACAAUGAAGAGCGCCACUAAUUUCUGUAACAACGGAUUUGCCCGAGGGUGCGCGCGCAGCUGCAAUGAACUCAAAAAAAUGGCUGUUGAUGUCCCCUCAUCUGCCCAAAAUGUCCAGGAAGGGGCGUGCACAGAUCUGCCCGAGGGUGUGUGGAUUGCUGACGGGUCACGUGACUGCAAGUACCUGACGCGCCUUUACACAGAGGACCGGAUAUGGGGCGUCUACGCCGCCAGGGAACGCCUGUGUGCCGAUCCCAGCACGCGUUGUUGCGCUUCCUGCAAGGUGGUCAAAGCGGAAUUUGAUGGUGUUGCGGAACAGGAAGUAGCUGUGCCUGACGUUGUCAUAGUACCGCUCAGCGCAACGUCAACCAGCAAGAACACAGAUUGCAAAGACAGCUUCGUGACCUACGGAAAGUUGACAGUGACCUGCAGCGAACUACGACGUGUUGAGUCUGACCUUUAUUCUAGUAGAAAACAACUGUGCGCCACCCAGCGCGAGAAAUGUUGCAUCACUUGUAAACAUAUAAAUGCAGAGAAACCUUACACAAUUGCCAAGAACGGCGAGAACGAGGUCUUUCAACUCGAGGUUUCUCAAGCAGGAAACGCAUUUCGCCUGACCGGAAAUGACGUCAGCAUUAACGUCCCAGUUAGUGCUAAAACCCUACCAGAAUCCCCAGUCGUUGUCAUGCAAAGAACCCUCGGCGAGUUCAUACGAAGACAAAACCAAGACAGAGAAAAGCUGCUUUCAUUGUUCAAAUCCUUAUCAAACCUUGUUCCAAAGAACAAGAAAAUCAAAAAUUGAAGUAUACCCAGUUUUAAGGUUCAUUUUAAAGAUGAACAAAACAUCUACCUAAUGGAUUGACAGUUGUCUACAAUAAACGAGAGAUACAUGUGUCUUUUGAUUUUUAUAUAGCUAUGCCAUUAUCUGUUGACCCCCAACAAAAACAAUCGUUUCUCAACGAAAUGAAAACCCUAAUCGACAUACACAAAUUAAUAGUUUGUCCCUUUCUUACUUACGUUAAAGUACUAUUAGAGAGUUUUUUUGCAAAAUUAGUUCAUAAAAGUAAGUGCAUAACGACACUCGUUGAAUUUGUAUAUUUGUAUGAUGUUGUUAAAAACGAAUAGUAUAUUAAGUAUAAAAGUACCAUAUACCUGCUUGUAAAACAUGUCCGCAUCGGAUUUACGUUGGAACUGACAGUGGCCGUUUGAAGCCGUCUACUUGAUCGGCAUGUUAUUGAUAGCACUUUUCUUGAACGCUGACAGGACAAGAAAAUGCGUAUAGGCCUUCGCGAUGUGUACAAUUAUAGAUUGUAUGUAAAUAUUGUGUUAUCAUUUGUUGUUAUAUAUAUAUAUAUAUAUAUAUAUAUGGGCCGUGCUCUGUGAAAAGGGGAUUUAAUUCAUGUGCGUAAAGCAGUCCGCACAGGCCACUCAGGGACGACACUUUCCGCUUUUGUGAUAUUUUUCGUUUCAAGACAGUCUCUUCUUUAAGUUAGCAAAAAUCAAGUUAAGAAGGAAGGUGCCGUCCCUGAUUAGCUAGUGCACACUGCACAUGCUAAUCUGGGACGACACCUUACGCACAUGUAAUAAACCCCCUUUUCACAGAGCACGGACCAUAUAUAUUGUUCUAUGGAAAUGCUGUGUAGUCUUAUUGUCACCAUACAUAUAAUUAAAUGUACAUACAGUCCGAUCAUCCAAUUAUUGUAUUCCCAUUGCAUAAUUUGUUAUUGUCCUACGUAUUCCCAAGUCACGAAAUAAAGUAUCAUUAGUAACAAAAAGGUUAUUCAAUAUUAAAAAUAUACUCUUCUUUAAAAUCGUUUGAAUAAAAUAAGUUCUUGUUCAAAAGUACACGUUUGGCCCCUUUUAUAAAUUCAUUUUUUUUUUUUAACAGAGUUUCACAUUUCAGUUUAUUUGCAAGUCCGAUAAUCUGAUAUUGAUGUAAAAAUUAAAUAUCGGGCUUCGCUUUUGCAACCUACCUAAAUAAAUUGCCAAAGUGA